AUGGCAUCAGCGGUGUCAUCACCGACAGCAGAUGAUGUGGCAGUAGUGCUAGUCGAUCAUGGAUCGAAGCGGGCGGAAGCCAAUGAGAUGCUAGAGGAAUUUGCAACAUUGAAUCUCAGCAGUCGACAGAGGGUGGAGAUUGCGCACAUGGAACUGGCAGAACCCAGCAUAGGUACUGCUGUGUCCAGAUGCGCAUCGGAGGGCUUCAGGAAAAUCGUGAUCGCGCCAUACUUCUUGUCACGCGGCCGCCACAUCACAUCAGACAUCCCUGCUCUGGUGGCAGAGGCGCAGAAAGCACACCCGGAAGUGGAGUGUGUCAUCGCAGAGCCAAUUGGUAUUGAUCCCCUCAUGGCGCAAGUGAUUGAGAACAGAGUAGCUGGUGCUUUGCAAUCAGCCUAG